AUGCCUUUCAGACUCACUAAUGCUCCGACAACGUUCAUGGAUCUCAUGAAUCGUGUAUGCAUGCCGAUGUUGGAUCGGUCGUUGAUCGUCUUCAUUGAUGAUAUCUUGGUCUAUUCUAAGAACAAGAAGCAGCAUGAAGAUUAUUUGCGAGAGGUUUUGGAGACUUUGAGGAAUGAGAAGAUCUAUGCCAAGUUCUCCAAGUAUGAGUUCUGGUUGCACGAGGUUCAAUUUUUGGGGCACCUUGUCAACCAGAAGGGUAUAUUAGUCGAUCCGACCAAGAUCAAGGUUGUGAUGCAGUGGGAGGUUCCGAGGUCUCCAUCUGAGAUUCAGAUCUUCCUUGGUUUGGCAGGCUACUAUCGGAGGUUUAUCGAGAAUUUCUCAAGGAUUGCAGCUCCAAUGACCAAAUUGACAAAGAAGACAGUUACUUUUCGUUGGGGGCCUGAGCAGCAGGCGACAUUUAAGACUCUGAGGAAGAGACUAUGCGAGGCUCCGAUUCUGACUCUACUGGAGGGCGUGGAUGAUUUUGUGGGUUAUUGUGAUGCUUCUAUCACAGGUUUGGGUGCAAUGCUUAUGCAGAGGAGUCAUGUCAUCGCUUACGCUUCAAGGCAGCUGAAGCCUCAUAAGGCGAACUACCUUACACAUGAUUUGGGGUUGAGGCUAUGA